ACUUGCAGCAAGCACUGCUGCGAUGUGACUGCCCAGUGUCAGCCCUGUGCCUGCCCGGGAGCUCCUUUUCAGGGUGCUGUGGAGGAACUUCUGUCAAGAACACGUUCUCUACUUAUGGUGCUCCCACAUCAGUGAUGACUACAGAUCUAUAUUAAAGUCAAGACAUUACCUGGAUACCAUGCACUGACCUAAUGCGUCCAUUUUCCUGCAGGAACCAAGAAUAUACAGUGAAAUGAGCUGUUUGGAGUGCCUGAUUUGACCUCCUUGUAGGGUUUCACGUGAGACUUUUUUUCCAAGCAGCAAUGAGUGUACUCAGAUAUUGCUUCUUCGCUGUCUUGAUUCUCAGUAUUUCCCUUCCAUUUGUUUUCUAUGCCAUUAAUAUACAUGCACAAAAAUCUCUCAGGAGGCUCAAGUUCUCAGUGAGUUCAACUUUACUAGAAGACUGUAAAGCACUUAUUGAAGAUAAAGUGUCCUUUCUGAAGGAAAAUGCUUUAAAAACAUCCUUUGGAAAAUUCAAUUGCACUGAGUACAUCACACAGAAUCACUAUAUCACCCGGGUGCUGUCAGCCGAGGAGGCAGCCUUCCCCCUGGCCUACAUCAUCACCAUGCACAAGGAGUUUGAGACCUUUGAGCGGCUCUUCAGGGCAGUCUACAUGCCCCAGAAUGUCUACUGCAUCCACGUGGAUGGCAAAGCGCCGGCUGCCUUGAAGCAAGCGGUGCGGCGCCUGGUGGACUGCUUCCCCAACGCCUUCCUCGCCUCCCGCACGGAGCGGGUGGUCUACGGCGGUGUGUCCCGCCUGCGGGCUGACCUGCACUGCAUGCGGGACCUGCUGGCCUCGGCUGUGCCCUGGCACUACCUGCUCAAUGCCUGCGGGCAGGACUUCCCCUUGAAGACCAACUGGGAGAUCAUCCAGCGUCUGAAAGCCUACAGGGGGAAGAACAUCACCCCCGGAGUGCUGCCACCAGCACACAUCACCAUGCGCACCCGCUUCAUGCACCUGGAGCAGGGUGGGAGCAAUGUCUCCGAGCUGGUCACCCCCCAGGUGCACAAGGCUCCUCCGCCUCAUAACCUGACCCUCUACUUUGGUUCCGCGUACAUUGCGGUCACCCGGCCCUUUGCAGAGUUUGUGCUGCAGGACCCGCGUGCCAUCGACUUGCUGGCUUGGUCUGAGGACACCUACAGCCCCGAUGAGCACUUCUGGGUGACACUCAACAGGAUCCCAGGUGUCCCUGGGUCCAUGCCCAACGCAUCAUGGGAAGGUGGCCUGAAAGCAGUGAAGUGGAUUGAUAUGGAAGACAUCCAUGGAGGUUGUCACGGCCAUUAUGUCAGAGGCAUUUGUGUAUAUGGAACGGGUGACCUCAAGUGGCUUUUUAACUCCACCUGUAUGUUUGCCAAUAAGUUUGAGCUCAGAACAUACCCGCUGACUGUGGAGUGCCUGGAGCUGAGACAUCGAAAGAGGACCUUGGCACAGAGUGAAGUUCAGGUGGAACCAAACUGGUAUUUCUAGCUGGCAAAAACCCAGGAUACAUCAACAGAAGUGGUCAGAAUUACAGCAAAAAAAAAAAAAAACACCCUAAUUUCUGCUUUGCUGGAAGCACACAUUCAUCCAGCAGGUUUCUUUAGGAUGUGUGGUAGAUGCAGCUCAGGUCAGUUUGUCUCACUGUGUCUGCAAGUCUAUCUCUUCACUUCACAUUUGGAGACCGAAAUGUGUGAGAUCCAAAAAGAAGCAAGAGGGCACAGCUCCUUUUGCAGCUGCCCUGUUUGCACUUUUGCUGUUUUAAUGGCCUGUUGCCCAGCCCUAACUUUUUUCUUGCUACACUGACAUUGCUGCCUGUUUCUAUAAAAAUGUAUAUAGAAUCAUGAGGCUUCUCAUACCUCAAAGAUAAAUAGUGCACGUUGGUAAGCAGAAAGGUAACAAGUCACAGUGAGCAAGACCUUAAAAACAGGAACACAGUUGGUGGCCGUACAUGCAGCUGCUGUUUAGUCAAAGAUAAAGAAGUUUAGUGCACCAGGGAAGUACUGGAAAUGGAAGAAAGAUGCUGCACUGCCCAGGUCUUACCUGUUCUUUAAACAUCUAUUGGUUCAAGGUUUGUAGGAGAAUACAGCACCUUUUGCUAUGUGAAUGGUUGUGGAUAGAAAGAUCUGAUAGGCUUUCGGGCACAAGAGCUCUUUAUGAAAAAUGAAGGCUUACUUAUUAGUUGGCCAAGCAAAACAAAUAGAGCUGGAAAGUGACUGACGCACAGAUUUUGGCCUGCCAGUGUCUUCAGAUCAUCACAUGUACGGACACGAAGGAGGGAAGGCAGUGGAAAGAAAUGCCAGGACUGAAAGACCAGUAACUGAGCUUUGGCAGUAAGUCUGUAAUCCUGUGUCAUGUUUUAAUAUGGACUAAGCCUUCUUCCCAAGCUAAUUUCUUUCGAGUGGUUAAUACAUACACUUAACAUUGAGCUUCACGGCUUCACAGCCCUAUUUUUGUUUCCCGAUUACAGCCACUAGAGGGAGGCAGUCAAAUAGCUGAGCUGAUAUUCCUUCCUAAAUCCACUUAACCCUCCAGCAUGCAGUCUCAGACUAGGAAAAUUGCAGAGAAAAAUCAGCACUCGGGAACGUUUUCGCCUGGCCAGCAGAAAGUAAUGCUUACAGGUAUCAGUCAUUGCGUCCUCAGAAAACCGAAGCAGAAUGGAAUGGUUCUUUCUGUAGUGAUGACAGGCUGUGCUUCUGGGGUGUUUUAGCACUGUUGAAUGACUCAGCCGUUAGCACUGGGGGAGCCCGCUGGCUUAAUAGUAGGUCUUGAAUAGCAUCAACUUGACUACCAACUUCAUUAAACCAUUUCUAACUUCACAAUACAGCUUGUUAAAGGACACUGAACAGCAGUAGAGGUAUGACAGCACACAGUACUCAGAUGUCUGCAGCCACGGAUGUAAAAGGGCAUUGUAGCCUGAGCAAACACAGGUAUUGCAGGACUGGGUUGUAUUCCUUGUUAUAAUGAGAACCCAGGAAAAAGUCCACAGGUGUUAUCGUGCAUAAAGACCCGCAUUCCUGACUCGCUGCCAUUUACAGUGUUGCUUCCUUUUCUUUUUUAACGAAUGUUACGCUUUUCUGGAAAUAAACCCUUUAGUUUUCA